CCCAUUCAAAUGUCUGCUAUUGGAUGCUUGCGUUUCCGCGUGGUCGUGUCUUGGCGUGUAAACUUCAAACAUUAUUAAGUCACGAAUAGUGCGCGUUUAAAGACGUAAUUGUACGAAUGAUCAGUUUUUGAUGAACAAAAUGAUUGCCUUACGAGACGAUAGCAAGUGUUCGCGUUAUUACAGUUCUCCUACGACAAAACUUCGAAACGUUCCAUGUACAUAUUGCAAACACCAGUUUUUUUUACAAGAAUUUGUACCUAUGCGUGGAUUAGUUCCUUUGCUAUUGGAAUGUGGGCAUGUCAUGUGUAAUAAAUGUGCAAAAUUAUCCAUUCGCGAACCUUGUCCUUUAUGCAAUACCGUUUCACAACUUGAUGAUGAUCAGAAGGUAUCUUUACCUCUGAACAUGUAUGUCCUUGGAUUAAUGGUCAUAUCUCAUAAUCGAUCGGUUCAAACAGAUGAUUGUGAUAUAUCUUUUUCCAAGUCAAUCAGUUCCAAGUCAAAAGCAAAACAAUCCAUACGAGAUCUCUGUCAUGAAUGUGGUAUUCAAGCAUCAAUAAAAUGUCCACAAUGCAAUGCAUUAUUUUGCAUUCUUUGCUAUUCAAAGAUUCAUGGAAAGGCAUUACAAAGCCAUACAAAAAUUAUACUGACAGACAGCAGCAACGAUAAUUGUUUCUCUGUACAAAAUACUUGUUCAGAGGAAUGUACAGAACCAUUAGGAUACUAUUGUGAAGAUUGCGAAGUGGCUGGGUGUUCACACUGUCUGCUACACUUACACAAGAAACAUAAUUACAAGACAUUAUUAGAGAAGAACAAAGUGCUGCUGCCAAAAUUCUUCGACGUGUCCAAGUGUGUGACCGAGAAUCUGCAGAGGAUUCGUCAGGCGCAAAAGAAACUAGGAAAAAUCGCCAUUUAUCCAAAGGAGGCACACAAUAUCGACAGUGUGGAGACUGCUGUUACCCAACAUUUCGCUCAUUUACAUGGUAUUCUCCAGAAUGUCGAGAAAAAGAUCAUUGAUAACUUAAACGAUCAUCGAAAUGCUAGGAGUAAUAAUCUGGAGGAAAUAUCUGAACAGCUGAGAGAUUAUGAGAAUCAGUUACAGUAUGCUCUACUGAUAACUGGUUCAGUAACAGAAAAUAUUGAUAAAAUAGAUAUCCAUGAUGUGAUACAACAGUUAGAAAAAUUAGUCUCUAUACCAUGUCACUUGAUGUUAAAUUCCAUUCCAGAUGACCAAGACAUCACGUUUAAUUUCGAUAAGAGUAUUGUUGAUGCCAUUGAGAAACACUACACCUUAGAUAUACCAGCCACAUCGACGUUUGCUUUACGAAGAAGAAAUUCAUUGCCCGACGACUACGAACUAGAACCAUUGACUGAAGACCUUAAUAUUUCAAUACUUAAACGUCCAUCAUCUAUGGUAAAAAAAACAGCUCCUCUAACAAUACCAAUGGCUCCUAAAAAAUGUGAUAAACUUCCUGCUGUUGGUUCUUCGGAGAUGAUUCGCGUCACGCAUGUCGUGAAUCCUUCUUGUUUUUAUAUUCAAAUGAUACAAAAUCAGAAUAGAAUAGCAGACUUGGACAAAGAACUGUCAGUGUUAGUUAACACUACAGGAGUUAUACCAACAGAAAUCACUAUAAAUGCAUUGUACAUCGUGCAAUGUUCAGAGGACAAAACGUGGCACCGAGCACGUAUCAUAGACAAGAAAGACUCCAACGACGAUGAAAAGUAUAGCGUCUUCUUCAUUGAUUAUGGAAUGAAGGAAGACAAUGUACCAUUGUCAAAGAUACGAAAUAUUGUAGCACAAUUUGCAAUGCUACCUAUGAUGGCAAUCAGAUGUUCUUUACACAAUAUUGUGCCCAAUAAUGGUAAAUGGCACCCUGACGCCAUUGAAGCUUUCAAGAAAUUGGUUUACUCAAAUGCCAUGGUUUCAAUGUCCGUCGGUGCCAUUACUGGGGAUACCUAUCAUGUUGAACUGACUGUUAUUUCUUCAAAAGACUGGCAUUUAACAUCCGUAAACGAUUCGUUAACGUACAUGAAAUACGCUACUUGUGUUUCAUCUGACAAGUUAAUGAGAACGAAUCCUGAGUCUACGAGGACUUACUAUAAAGAACAACUGGAUAUGGAAAUAUUUACGGAGAUCGAAGUUCUGUAUGUUGAAUCUCCUCACUGUAUAUAUGUUAGAAAAGCGCACGGAAAUAGAUCAUACUUCCGCAAAUUGAUCAGUGAGAUGACCGAAAAUUAUGGGCAAACUUUGUCCUGCAAUGAUUUUAUACCUACGCUUUAUAAAGAUUUGCCAUGCGCUGCACGCGGUGAAGAUUCUAUGUGGCAUAGAGGCAUUAUAAAAGAAGUUACUGAAAAUACUAUACAAGUGUUCUAUGUAGACUUAGGAUACACGUCAAUAUUGAGUUACGAUGCUGUAAGAGCACUUUCUAAGAAAUAUAUGAGUUGUAAGACUCAAGCAAUAAAAAUUUCAUUGAAGCACGCAAAACCACGGCCUGAUGAUAAAAACGAAUGGAGGGAAGAUACUAAUAAUUUUCUAAAGAGAUACUUAAUGGACAUAACAAAUUUUAAAAUUAUAGCCCUUGACAAAUCUGAAGAUACAUAUAAUGUAGUUAUGUACACACAUGACAAAAGUAAUGUUUGUAAUGUAUUAGCUGGUAAAAAUCUGGCGCUACAUAUUUACAGCCCAUAUAACAAAUUUAACAAUAAUAAAAAGAAGAGAAACAAACUUAAAAAAGAUGGUAAUAGGACCCUAGAGAGACCAGAGAGACUCAUGGAAAAAUCCAUAGAAGCUCCCGCAGAAAUACUAGAAAAACCUAAUAAUACACCAAAUACAAUUACUAAGAACAAAGGGACUGAAGAAAUUGAGGAUCCUUUUAAAGUAAGCGUCCAGAUACACCAAGUGCAAUCUCCUGAUUGUAUCUACGUAUCGAAUACCACCCAGGAUCAAGUUGACGUAGAAAAAAUGAUGUCGACAAUGCAAGAAUUUUAUAGAAAAUAUCGGUCCGCAAAACGCGAAGUUUGGACCAAAAAUGCAGUUUGUGCAGUUUACUUGUCGAAAAAUGAAACGUAUUAUCGUGGUAGAGUCAUCGACGUUAAAUCUGCGGAUAAAGUAGUCGUAUUCUUGUACGAUAUAGGAACCGAAGAAACUGUAUCGACAGGCGAUUUGCAAUCAUUAUAUCCAAUAUUCUUCGAAACACCAACACACGUUUUCAAGGUAAAACUAAGUGGCAUAUUACCGUGUGGAGGCUCGUCAUUCUGGCCAUCAUUAUCUAGUGAAAAGUUGCAAGAGAUUGUAAAUAACAAUCACAAUUGCAAAUUCUAUAUAUCAAAAGUGGAGGACGAAGAUGUUGAAGAUUCUGCGAUACCAGUUGAACUUUGGAUUAAACAAGUAAAAAUGGAUGGACCAUUAGCACCGACAAGAUAUGAAAUUAAUUCCAUUAAUAGAAUGCUAGUUGAAAACGGAGUAGCCUUGCCAAUAAAAGAGUAUGCAAAGAAAAGAGACAAAAUUUUGGCUAUCGAAUUGAAGCGGAUGUUGAAGAAAAAAUUAGAAAGACUGGCAAAAUGCGAACCAAACGUGAAAUGGUUUGAAAUUGGUAACAAUUUCGACGACUCUGUAGGAAUAAACAUGAAUAGAAUUAUGUCAAAAAUAUUAAAUAAUUCAGACACUGAUUCAGACAGUAGUGAUUCUAACAUAGAACUAUAUGAUAAAAUUCCAUCGCUUUCAAAAUUGACAGACUGGUUGCCAGCAGAACCAAUAUUCGAAGAUUCAUUUAUUGCCUUGCCAACAUACUUAGAUAGUGAAGGCUUUUUGUAUUUACAUUCUAAAGGGAAAAAUGCAGAAAUGUUGCAGCGUAUUGAAAGGAAACUGGAGAAACUAUAUGCUAAUUGUCUAUUUGAACCACGUGAUACAGUAUGGGUUGUAGGAGACUUAUGCAUUGCUCAAUACCAUUCAAAUAAAAAAUGGUAUCGAGGAAAAGUAGUAAAAGUUCUUGAUAAUGAUAUAGUACAGGUAAUGUUUGUUGAUUACGGAAACGUGGAAGAAUGUGAAAUUGGAACAGUGAAGAAAAGAGUUAUUUUAGAAGAUAUUCCAAUCCAGUGUACGAAAUGUGCAAUCUAUGGUCUGAAUCCGGCACGACCAAGUGGAAAAUGGUUGACAGAUGAGUUAGAUAGAAUACAUAGUGUUAUAAUUGACACCGAAUGUAAAGUAACUGUGCUCGAUAGAACUAAAACACAUCUUGUUAUUUCUUUAAUUGUAUUACCAAACAAACGGAUGAAAAAAGAAACCGAUUUACUAACUUUUCUUAUAAACGAAUGGGAGAUGGAUCUGAAACCAAAUUUGGAGAUUAGUACGUGUGACCAAAGUCUCGGCCGAUCAGACUCUCCAGAUGCUAUUAUCAUUGAGAAUUCAAAUUCAUUUUCUUUGGAUAGCGAUUUAUUCAAAGAAACAAUUAUUAGCGGAAAUUCCAUGUUGCCAAACACGAUUAUGGUAGAUAAAAAUGACAGUCCUAGUACAACUGACAUUGAAAAUUUAUCUUGGAGUAAACUAAAGAAAGAAACAAUCAGCUCGACGCCACAAGUUGCUUCUGAAGAGAAUCUUUCAAUGAAUUACAAGCCAAUUGAUAUACCAGAAGAUAUAGAUUUCAUAGAAAUAGAAUUGUCUUUCAGUAUUAGCACUACUGAGUUUUACGCGCAUUUACAAGAAAAUGCUCACUCGGAGGUUUUAAAUAACUAUUAUAAACAAUAUGAACUUUUAAUGAAAGAUUUGCAAGAGAACGCGUGCAAGCAACAACCGAUUACAAGUUUUGCACCUAAUACUCCAUGUGUUGCGAAAUAUAAUGAUGAUAUGUGGUACAGAAGCCUUAUAGUAGAAUCUGAACCUAAUAAAGAUUCAGAUACAGAAACUGAUAUUAAACUAAUUUAUAUUGACUAUGGCAACUGCGAAUAUACGACAGUAAACUCUGAACAGUGCGAAUUAUUUACUUUGAAGAAAGAAUGGAUAGAUGUACCAAUAAUGGCCGUCAAAUGUAAAUUGUGGAACAUAGAAGUUGAUCCUGCAGUGGAUAUCGACGAUUUUCUAGCUCAAUUUGAGAAAAUGUACAACAGAAAUGUUAUAGCCGCAGUUAAAAAAAUUGGUGAAGAAUUCAUGCAUAUUGAAUUAUAUGACAACCAAGAACAAGAGGAACUUUUAUAUAAUACACUCAUUGAAAAUGGUUUAUUUCAGCUCACGUCACAAGAAAAUGAAGAAAACUAACCAAUUUUAUUUUAGUCAAACCUUAGCAUAUAUUUAUUUUUACGUAAGAUAAGUUAACCUUUCAUUUUAAAAGGUAGAUUACAGUUUUUAUUUUUCAAGUAUUUUUUUUUGUAUUUAUAAUGCUAAAAGGUUUUUAAGUUAUCAUUACUGAUACAAGAAAUUAUUAUUUGAUGAAUUUUAUUUACCAUAUCAGUAUAAUAUAGUUUCACAGUUCGUUAAACUUUUAUAUAAAAAAAGACGAAAAGAUAUUACAUAUUAACGUUGUGUACUUUUAGCAAUCUGUUCCUUAAGCACUAAAAUACUCUGCCUUUGUUCGGGUGGCAACAUAGCGAUUUGUUCAUCUGAUAAUUGCAACACUUGCAUUAUCAAAGCCGCCUGUAAUAGAACAAAUUAUUAGUUACUUUUAUACUUGUAUUAUUAAAUGUACUCGUAUACUA